AUGGAUUACGAAAUAAUCGCAAGCAUGGAUCGCUGCCCCCCCCCCAAACUCGUCAAUACUAACAGCGGGCAGAGCUUCUUCGGCGCCAUGGGCUGCGCCUUCGCCAGCGUCCUCUCGACCUUUGGCGCCGCCUACGGCACCGCCAAGCCCGCCGCCGGCAUCUUCUCCUCCGGCAUCCUCCGCCCCGAGCGCCUCGUCCCCAACACGCUCUGCGCGGUCAUGGCGCAGAUCCUGUCCAUCUACGGCCUGGUCUGCUGCGUCGUCAUGAUACCGACCAUCAACGAGAAGAUGGCCGUCCACACGGCGUUCCUCCAGCUCGGCGGCGGCAUCGCCGUCGGGCUCUGCUCGCUGGCGGCCGGCUUCUCCAUCGGCAUCUGCGGCGACGCGGGAGUGCGCGCCAGCUCCCAGCAGCCCCGGCUGUACAUGGGCAUGGUCCUCAUCCUCAUCUUCUCCGAGGUUCUGGGGCUCUACGGCUUCGUCAUUUCGCUCUUGAUGAUUACCAAGUCAAAGAAUGACGUGACCAAAUGCCUGUACUAG